GAGAACACCAGACAAGUGUCACAGGGCACUGUUAAAUCCAAAGAUCCGUUUUUGACGCCCUCUAGCCUAUCCCCUCCACCUCCCCCUUCUUGCCCCGCUACACACACACACACAUACACACACACACACACACACACACACAUACACUCGAGUGCUAGCGGUAGUAGGCUAUCAACUCAAGUCACCCCUCUCACACACAAAGCGAUCAUUUUGGGGAAAGAAAAUGCAUGGGACGCCAGUGCCUGGAGCUUACAGACACAGUUUUCACCGUUGACGGAGCUUGAAGCCAUUCGUUGCACUGAAAGGUCCUCGCCAUAGUGAACCAGUCUAGACCGUUGUGUGUGUUUUCAUCGUUUCUCGAGUGCUGUUUGGGUUUUGACACAAUGGGGUGCUGCAGCGGCCGAUGCACGCUCAUCUUUCUUUGCACGAUCCAGCUGUUGGUGGCAUUGGAGAGACAGGUGUUUGACUUCCUGGGGUACCAGUGGGCGCCCAUCCUGGCCAACUUCUUCCACAUCAUCAUUGUCAUCCUCGGCCUCUUCGGCACCAUACAAUACCGACCACGCUACAUUGUAGUGUACACAGUGUGGAUGGCUCUCUGGGUGGCCUGGAAUGUCUUCAUCAUUUGUUACUACCUGGAUGUGGGAGACUUAACCAAGGACAGUGACCUGCUGACGUUUAACAUCUCGGCUCACCACUCGUGGUGGAGUGAACACGGUCCAGGGUGUGUGAGGAGAGAGAUGACCCAGCCAGGGGUGGGCACCGUGGACAGCCAGUCCUACAUCUCUGUCAUGGGCUGUCUCAUGGAGUACCAGUACAUAGAGGUCCUACACAGUGGAACACAGAUCCUCAUCGCUCUCCUGGGCUUCGUGUACGCCUGUUACGUCUUCAGCGCCAUCACUGAAGAGGAAGACAGCUUUGAUUUUGUUGGUGGAUUUGACCCCUUCCCUCUCUACCAUGUCAAUGAGAAACCAUCCCAUCUCCUCUUAAAGCCCAUGUAUCUGUCUACGUAAAUAGGGCGGCAGCUGACGCCGUGAUUUCCCAUGGAAACAAAAUGGCUGCUCUGACUGACACAACAACAGUCCCAGAAUGCACUGCGGCAGGCCAGACAUUCCUCUGAUUCUCUACUUCUUUAUUUAAUCUCUUCAGUACUUCAAACAUGUAAAUUACUGGUGUUCUGCUUAGUAAUGAUUGUACUUCCCAGUUCUGUUCUGUUGUUAG